UAGCAUACAAGCGCGCCAGUUACGCAUUGUUGUUAAUUGUGUAAUACUGCAAUUGUUAUGUUUGUGUGAUCAACUGCAAUCGUAGAGUGCGUGUGGCGCGUUGGUGAAAAUCCUCGCACGUUGUUUUGUCAGUCAGUCAUACGACCCUAGCGUGCGCUUGUCAAAAUUUCUGUUUUUUGUAAUUUGUUUGUGAUUCGGUUGGUGCACUUGCAGAUUCGUCCAUACAAUUUGUGAAAUAUGAAGAAAGCGCGAUAAUAGUGUGAAAGGAAUCGCAGCAAUGGGUGCAUUUUUAGAUAAGCCAAAGACAGACAAAGUUUUGGAACAUGGUGAAGGGAAUGGAUUGCAUCAUGGCGUUGCGAGUAUGCAGGGCUGGCGCGUGGAGAUGGAAGAUGCGCACAUGGUGCGGACAGACCUCGGCGGAGCUUUGACCGACUGGUCAUAUUAUGCCGUGUUUGAUGGGCAUGCUGGUGCUAAGGUGUCGGCGCACUGCGCUGAUCACCUGCUAGACGCUAUAGUGGCAUCUGGGGAAUUCCAGGAGGAUGUUUCCAAAGGAAUUCACAACGGAUUCUUAAAACUUGACGAUACUAUGCGGGAAUUACCAGAGUUGUCGUCAGGUGAAGAUAAAAGUGGUACAACAGCUGUGUGUGCGUUUAUUUCACCGAAGCACAUUUAUGUAGCGAACUGCGGUGACUCCAGGGCAGUUCUGUGCCGGGGAGGUAGUCCUGUCUUUACUACACAGGAUCACAAACCGAAUUUACCAGCUGAGCGCGAAAGGAUUAUCAAUGCGGGUGGUUCGGUGAUGAUUCAACGCGUUAAUGGCACGUUGGCAGUUAGCAGGGCAUUAGGUGAUUAUGUAUAUAAAAAUGUGAAGGGCCGCGGUCCCUGCGAGCAGCUGGUGUCGCCCGAGCCUGAAAUUUUCGUGCGCGAUCGAGAUCACGCCGAGGAUCAGUUCCUGGUGCUGGCAUGUGACGGCAUCUGGGAUGUUAUGUCUAAUAACGAACUGUGCCAGUACAUUUACUCGCGUCUUUUGGUCACCGACGACCUGGAAGAAGUUACCAGUCAAGUGAUUGACACAUGCCUCUAUAAGGGCAGUCGAGAUAAUAUGAGCAUCAUCUUAGUCUUAUUCCCCGGUGCGCCGAAGCCGACGGCGGAGGCGAUUCAGGCCGACAAAGAUCUCGAGGCGAACAUUCAGAGAAGGAUGAAAGAGAUUGUUGAGGACUCUGAUUUUAAGGAUAAAGUAGGAUUCGUACCUGUCUUGUCGCAACUGCUUAGGACUGAGUUUGAGGGCUUACCACCUGGCGGAGGGCUCGAGUCUAAGAGGUUGUUCAUUGAGAGAACGUUCAAAAUGCUCUGUCCAGAACAAGCUGACACUGUAAGUUUAGGUGACAAUAUUAUUCAGACACAGCCCGACCCCGACACAUAAUUCACACAAUAAUUGCCCGUUUGAGCGACCGAUUGUAUAGCAGCAACAAAACGAGAAAUAACCACUCUACUCUUCUAUAUAAAUAUUCUUAACAACAUUCUACCGACAAAAAUAUCAGCAGCGAGAGCCCAUUGUGGUUGGUUUAACAUGAGAGAAUAAAUUAAACAAAAUAAUUGACUACCAACUAAAAACUUAAACAGACAGGAACGCAUCGCGUACUGGAAUGGAUUGGAUUAAAAUAAUGCAUUUACACAUAAGGACUAAUCGUUUGUUAAUUCUAGAUAUUUUUGUAAUUACUUGUAAGGAGAGUUUGUUAUUGCAAUGCGCACACACGCCAUGAGUUAACGCCGAUGGAACACGAUUUGUGCCAUUGGUCUCGUCGAUGGGUGCGAAAUGCAAACACGCGGGGACGAAUAUUGUGGACAUGGAACUAAUACGACUGUUUUUUUAUUACUAUUAUUCUAACCGCUCUAAUCAUUGUCUUGCGUGCGUCGCGGUCCCGCUGAAACUCGGACAAUUUGACAAAAAAUCCUCUUGUUGCUUUCUGCGCUUUUGCUCCCCUUAUUGCUUUCUUUUCUUUCACUACUUUAUUUAGUCGAAAUUCAUUGUGAAGUUUUAUAUUUUCUUUAUUCCCAGAUUCGUUUCAUCUACUGUCAAUAUAAUUCUCUCCAUGAGUAAAAUACCAAAACAUAAAAAACAAUAAAAAGUAUAAACUUUCCGACUAUA